GACAAAGUAAAACCGCAGCCAUCAGGAAUACCAAACAUUGAGGAUUAGUCAAAAUUUUUGUUAAUUUCUUAGUUUUGGAUCUUUAAAUUUAAAAUUCUUAAGUUUUAUAUAUAUAUCUGUAAAUUUAUGGUUAAAAUGGCUCCUAAAAAUGAGAAGAAACCGAAAAAAGAAACAUCGGUGUGUCAGACCUCCAAAUGUGAUAUGUCCCAGGACGCAGAAUGCGCCGCGAGCUGCCCCGGCGGUGUCAGCAUAGCCUCAGGGCGAGGAGCCCCGGGCGGAGGAAAGCUGACGGAUCGGCAACGUCGCAACAUGGAGCGGGUUGAAAUGCUCGCGCGACCCAACACGAGGCGGUUGCGGAGUCUCUGGGACGAGAAGUGCGCAAUACUGCCACCUGAUCGUCGAGACAAGAUCAAAAGCGCGCUCGAGGAGGACUAUUUUCUUAGUCCAGAGCAAACGGAGCAAUACUUCCAAGCCUUGAACCAGCAUACGGGCAAGUUCCACGUCCCGGGCGCUGGCACCGUCAGUCGCAAGGAACAGGCGGAUAGGGCCAAGGAAUUACGGCAGCGGCAGAAGUGGCUCGUCAACUUUAGUGCACAGGUGGCGUAUCGCAUUUGCGACUACAUCGCGAAGGGCCAGAAAGAGAUGCUCGUGUCCAAUAGGUUACGGAGCAUCGCUGAUGUGGUUUUGGAGAGAGUGGCGGACAUACUGGGUGAGCCCAAACCUACACGCACACACCCUGGCCGCCUGGCGCGCUUUAUGGUCGCGAUAUCCGAUCGCAUCGCCGUCUGGAUUGAAAAUGCAGUCUAUCGCGCCGACGCGAUAGAGCCGCCCGAGGAACCCCAGCACGAGCAUAUGCGGCUGGACCAGGAGCGCCCGGUCAUAUGUUGAUCCGGCUGAAGAUAUUGUGUCCGGAAAAUCCUGAAGUAGCAAUAGCGUCAGUCCACGAAGAAUCGGCCAUAUAAGUACAAGUUAUUUUUUCUCAGGACCCGUAUUUGGUUGUAAAAUUAUGUCAUUUUAUAAGUAAAUGUCAUGCGUUUUAUUUAAAUACAUAAACCAAACAAAGAGAUAAA